UCAAAAAACAACAAAAUAAUGCUGGCAACCAACGCGAACAACCAAAACAUCAGUCCCAAGAAAAUACAGUUAGCCUUCCUGGGUUCAAAUACAUGCGGCUCCAUUUUGGUCGUCAGAUUGUUCUACAUCGUAUGUCCCAGAGUCACCUUAAAUUUUGCCUUAUUGCCUCAAACGGAAGCUGGUGAAGAUGACGUCAUUGUAAGUAGUUUUGUUCGAGGAAACUGCGUAUCUAACUCCAUCGCCAUGGAAACAUCCCCAUCAUCGUCGUCGUCGUCAUCCAUAUCACCUUCAUCGCCAUCGUCAUCGUCAAAAACGGCGGAGGUGGUUGUGGCCGCGUGUCAAGCUGAUGGAACGUGGAGGCACGUCAGUGAAUGCCCUCCGCAAACUUACAAGCCACAUUUCGGUGCGAGUGACUGCCUUCCAUGCCCGAGAAACAGCGAGGCUGAAGGUUGGGGUGCCAGCGAGUGCACCUGCCAGUUGGGGUACUUCAGGGCCAUCCACGAAGGAGUCAAUACCCCCUGUACAGAGCCACCGACGAGUGUCCAGAACGUCACCAUUCACAACCUCACCCAUUUUGACGUAUGGAUAGAUUGGCGGCCACCGGCGUUCAGCGGUGGACGUUACGACGUGUACUACUUUGUGGAGUGUCUGCAGUGUGGCUCCGAGGUAGAGUUUGUCCCCGAUGCUGUCAUCUACAACAACACCUGGGUCAUUUUAAGAAAUCUCACUCCUGAAACCUCGUAUACCGUCAUCAUUCAUUCACGGAAUGGUGUGAUUUGGAAUCCUACGUCACUUCCCUCAUUGCCGUCAUCAUCGUCUUCAUCAUCCUCAUCAUCAUCUCCAUCAUCGUCUUCAUCAUCCUCAUCAUCAUCUCCAUCAUCGUCUUCAUCAUCCUCAUCAUCAUCUCCAUCAUCGUCUUCAUCAUCCUCAUCAUCCAAUAACGAUGUUGUAUACGAGGUAUCCUGGACUAAAUAUGAAAACGAACUCUUAUCAUCAUCAUCGUCGUCGUCAUCGUCGUCGUCAUCACCGGCGUCUUCGCCAACUAAUCAUCACCAUCAUCACCAACAUCACACUCACCAAGUUAACGUUACAGUGACUAACUCUCCACAAAUCAUCAUCAAUAAUCUCGAGCCAGGAUGCAAAUAUGCAAUUAAAUACGGUCUCGUUGCUGGUAGCCUGGCAGGGGUGGUGGUCAUCAUAGUCGUCAUGAUCACAUUCGUCAUCGUCUUCAUCAUCAGAAGUGUGCAAGAUAUGUGUAUGUGCAGUGCACUGUGUCUCUGUUUGUGUGAAGAAAAAUUCUCACGUGUGUGUUUAUCGUUGUUUGUGGGCGUGUUCGUUUCGACACGGACGUACGUUGACCCGCACACGUACGAAGACCCCACGCUGGCCGUCAGACAGUUCGCCAUGGAGAUCGACCCAACCAGAAUUGUUAUCGAAUCUGUCAUUGGAGGAGGCGAAUUCGGAAACCCGUGCAACGGUUCUCAAAACGAUCAACAGUACCGACAUUCGACGGCCGGCUUACCGGUUGCUAUUAAAACGCUCAAACCCGGUUUCACCGAAAAAAACCGGCUCGAUUUUUUAGCCGAAGCAAGUAUUAUGGGUCAGUUUGAUGAUUGCAACGUUGUGAAACUGAUAGGAGUUGUCAGUUUGAGCAGUUCGCCUAUGAUCGUUACUGAAUUUGUCGAGAAUGGAGCACUAGAUAAAUUUUUGAGGAAAAACGCAGGUGUCUUCACUGUCUUUCAGCUGGUCGGCAUGAGUAGAGGGAUAGCGUCCGGGAUGUGUUACCUCUCCAACAUGGGAUUCGUUCAUAGGGACUUAGCGGCUCGCAACAUUUUGAUAAGUUGCAACUUGGUUUGCAAGAUUUGUGAUUUCGGUCUGUCGAGAGAGAUGGAGGAGCAUGAAAGUGGACCUGGAAUCUGUUCGGACGGGAGACUUCCAAUCAGAUGGACAGCUCCUGAGGCAAUAAAAUACCGGAAGUUCACCUCAGCGUCGGACGUGUGGAGCUACGGAGUGGUCACGUGGGAGGUUAUGUCGUACGGACAGCGGCCAUAUUGGAAUUGGUCCAAUCGUGACGUCAUCGAGGCUAUCGAGAAGGAUUUCCGGUUGCCUCCUCCUGCGGAAUGUCCGGAAAGCAUGUACCGCAUAAUGAUGAGUUGCUGGGAGAAGGACAGGAACUUAAGACCAACAUUCAACAAUUUGGUCUUGGCUUUCGAUAAACUUAUUCGUAACAGUGAUCUCCUGAGAGUGUUUGCUGAG